AUGUCGCUGAACCGUGUCCAAAGCAUCGAGACGUUGACCGCUCCGCCCGGCCAUGGCGCUUCGAUUGAGAGGAGGGGGAGCGAUGCGAGUUUGCGCGUCCGACGCUUGACUUUCAACCCUGUUCCUCAGGACUUCGAAACGGCUUCGUUGAGGCCAGAUGAGCAGCAUGCUCAGACUGUUGGGGCAUUUGAGGUUCCUCAAUGGAAGCGAUUGCUCCAGAUUGGUGCCGCAGUUGUACACUGUCUCUUCGCUGCGGGCAUAGGCAAGUCUCUUAUCAAAACCUUGUCAUCCAUGCCAGUCCUAAAGCUUGAAGGUGCAUAUUCUGAUGUCUGCAAGCUCAGCCACUACCAAAGCCCAGCCAUUGACACAAACGCUAUCUCUGAUGAUCCCCAGGACACAUGCGUUGAGAUCAGGCUCAACCUGAUGUUCACAGUCGCUGCCGUUGGGACAAACGUUGCAGCUCUUCCUGUUGGCGCAAUUCUCGACCAUUUUGGUCCUCGUGUAUGUGGCUUGCUUGGAUGUCUCUUCCUAACGACAGGCACAUUACUUAUGGCAUAUGCUGGAUCCCUGCCUUUCGACGGUCUUCUCCCCGGAUACCUGUUCCUCGCUCUCGGGGGCCCAUUCACAUACAUCUCGUCUUUUCAGCUUUCCAAUGCCUUCCCGCGACACUCAGGUCUCAUCCUUGCGCUCUUGACCGGCGCUUUCGACUCUUCGAGUGCAUUGUUUCUCGUUUAUCGUUUGAUCUACAAUGCCACAGAGGGCAGCUUCACCCUGCGCAAAUUCUUCCUCGUCUACUUGAUUGUCCCUGCUGUGAUAUUUGUCAGUCAAAUUGUUGUCAUGCCUGGACAGUCUUACAAGACUGUCGGCGAGCUUGUCGACCAAGCUGCGGAAGCGGAUGAAAACAUUGUUGUGCACUCGACAUCGAGCACGCAGCAGGAGAUUGACGAGCAUACAGCUUUGCUCCGCGAUGAGCGUCGUGAAGAGAGGGAAAGGCGCGAAGCUGUUGUACAUGAUAUCGAGAACCUCCUUGGUUCGUCCAAGGGUGAUGACCAAGUUGAGGCCAAAGAGAGACAGCAUAUUGCAUCCGGUGUCUGGGGAGUCCUCCAUGACCGCACUGUGGUAGAUCAAAUCCGCUCUCCUUGGUUCAUCCUCAUCUGCCUUUUCACUGUCGUUCAAAUGACACGCAUCAACUUCUUUGUCGCGACCAUUCGACCGCAGUACGAAGCCAUCUUUGGCGACCACGAUCGUGCUGUAAGGAUCAAUACUUUCUUCGAUGUAGCCUUGCCAGCAGGUGGAAUAUUUGCGAUUCCCUUCAUCGGAACAGCGCUUGACCAUGUCAGCACUGUUCUUGUGCUAUCGACACUCGUUGCAAGUGGCACGCUCAUUGGUAUCUUGGGCGUCCUGCCCUUUGAGUGGGCAGCAUAUACAGGCAUUGCACUCUUUGUCUUGUACCGUCCAUUUUAUUACACUGCCGUGUCCGACUACAGUGCAAAGGUGUUUGGUUUUCGAACCUUCGGAACUGUGUAUGGCCUCAUUAUCUGCCUCUCGGGCUUGUUGAACUUCUCACAAUCUGGCCUGGAUGUUUUGUUCCACGAGACCUUCAACGGUAACCCAGUGCCCGUUGAUAUUAUGCUUCUUGUCAUAGGUCUUGUCAUUGGUAUUGCACUUGUGGUGUUUGUGGCAGCUCAACUGCGAAGGAUGCACCAGAAAGCCAGAGCUGGCAUUGCCCAGUGA